CGCGGGGCGGGAGCGCGCGAGAUUGAAGCGCCCGCCGAGAUACUUGAAACUCAACUCGGUCAUGGAGCCGUCCCGGGGCUUUGCGGAAGCCGAAGCUUUGAGCCCAGAGCAGACCGCCCGUUAUUUGAGAUAUGUGAAAGAGGCCAAAGAAGCAACUAAGAAUGGAGAUCUGGAAGAAGCACUUAAACUUUUCAACUUGGCAAAGGACAUUUUUCCCAACGAAAAGGUGAUGAGCAGAAUCCAAAAAAUACAAGAAGCGUUGGAGGAAUUGGCAGAAAAUGUAGAUGAUGAAUUUACAGAUGUGUGCAAUUCAGGUCUGCUGCUCUAUCGAGAACUGCACAACCAACUCUUUGAGCAUCAGAAGGAAGGCAUAGCUUUCCUCUAUAGCCUGUACAAGGAGGGAAGAAAAGGUGGUAUUUUGGCAGAUGAUAUGGGAUUAGGGAAGACUGUUCAGAUCAUUGCUUUCCUUUCUGGUAUGUUUGAUGCUUCACUUGUGAAUCAUGUGCUGCUGAUCAUGCCAACCAAUCUUAUUAGCACGUGGGUGAAAGAAUUUGUCAAGUGGACUCCUGGAAUGAGAAUCAAAACCUUUCAUGGUCAUAGCAAGGAUGAACGCACCAGAAAUCUCAACCGGAUUCAGCAAAGGAAUGGUGUCAUUAUCACCACAUAUCAAAUGUUAAUCAAUAAUUGGCAGCAGCUUUCAAGCUUUAAUGGGCAUGAGUUUAUGUGGGACUAUGUCAUCCUUGACGAAGCGCAUAAAAUAAAAACCUCAUCUACUAAGUCAGCAGUAUGUGCCCGCGCUAUCCCUGCAAGGAAUCGCCUCCUACUUACAGGAACACCCAUCCAGAAUAAUUUACAAGAACUGUGGGCCCUAUUUGAUUUUGCCUGUCAGGGUUCUCUGCUAGGAACACUGAAAACUUUCAAAAUGGAGUAUGAAACUCCUAUUACUAGAGCAAGAGAGAAAGAUGCCACCCCAGGGGAAAAGGCCUUAGGAUUUAAAAUAUCUGAAAACCUAAUGACAAUCAUAAAACCCUAUUUCCUGAGGAGGACAAAAGAAGAAGUACAGAAGAAAAAGUCAAGCAGUCCAGAGGUCAGACUCUGUGAAAAGAAUCCAGAUGUUGAUGCCAUUUGUGAAAUGCCUUCACUUUCCAGGAAAAAUGAUUUAAUUAUUUGGAUACGCCUUGUGCCUUUGCAAGAAGAAAUAUACAGGAAGUUUGUGUCUUUAGAUCAUAUCAAGGAGUUGUUAAUGGAGACACGCUCACCUUUGGCUGAGCUAGGUGUCCUAAAGAAGCUAUGUGAUCACCCUAGGUUGCUGUCUGCACGGGCUUGUCAUUUGCUAAAUCUGGGGACUAUAAGAUUUUCUGAUCAAGAUGAAAUUGAGGAGGAAGAGUCCUCAGGUAUGUACCCUAUUGAUCAAAUACCUGAUGAUGCAUUAAUGGAAGAAUCUGGAAAAAUGAUAUUCCUAAUGGACCUGCUGACAAGACUAAGAGAUGAAGGACAUCAAACUCUGGUGUUUUCCCAAUCGAGACAGAUUCUAAAUAUCAUUGAGCGCCUCCUAAAGAAUAGGCACUUUAAGCUAUUGCGAAUUGAUGGAACAGUCACUCAUCUUUUAGAAAGAGAAAAAAGAAUUAACUUAUUCCAGCAAAAUAAAGAUUAUUCUGUUUUUCUGCUUACUACUCAAAUAGGUGGUGUUGGGUUAACAUUAACUGCAGCAACUAGAGUGGUCAUUUUUGAUCCGAGCUGGAAUCCUGCAACUGAUGCUCAAGCUGUGGAUAGAGUUUACCGAAUUGGACAGAAAGAAAAUGUGGUGGUUUAUAGGCUGAUCACUUGUGGCACCGUAGAGGAAAAAAUAUACAGAAGGCAGGUUUUCAAAGACUCAUUGAUAAGACAAACUACAGGUGAUAAGAAGAACCCUUUCCGAUAUUUUACUAAACAAGAAUUGAGAGAGCUGUUUACGAUUGAGGAUCUUCAAAACUCUGUAACCCAGCUGCAGCUUCAGGCUCUGCAUGCUGCUCAGAGGAAAUCUGAUAAGAAUCUAGAUGAACAUAUUGCCUUCCUUCAUUCUUUGGGGAUAGCUGGCAUCUCAGACCAUGAUUUGAUGUAUACACAUGAUCUGUCUGUUAAAGAAGAGCUUGAUGUGAUAGAAGAAUCUCACUAUAUUCAACAGAGGGUUCAGAAAGCUCAAUUCCUUGUUGAAGCAGAGUCUCAAAAUCCAGCGGAAAGACAGACAACCGGAUACAAGGAGAGUUGGCAAAGAGCAGCAACUGUAUUUCCUUCUCAAACAAAGAAGAAACAGCCUAAAUUGAAUAAACCACACUCUCAGCCUUCACCUCUUAUUACUCAUUACACCCAGGAAGAAGAUAUCAGUUAUCAAAUGGCAAGUGUAACCAUUGAUGAUCUUCCUGAAGAGAGUGAGACAAAAAAUCUUUCCACUAUAAUGAUGAACAUUACUUCCCAGCAAGGUGGGAGGGAUCCACAUGAAAGUACAUUUAAUGCUGACUCUGUAACUACCGAGGGGUCUGGAAGUGUAGAAGAAAUUUGGACUGACUCUGUACUGGGAACAGUCAAGAGCUUUGCCACUGAAAAGGAGGCUCUACAGGAAGAGGCAUUACCAGAGGGGUCUAAGCAGGAGGCACUACCGGAAAACUCUCUGGGAAGUUCUGAUUUACUUGGCAGAGCUGAUCCUGGACCAAAUUUAGAUCUACUAAAAGAUGAGAUUUUACACCAUUGCAGUUCCUACUCUAUUAAUCCCAGAACACACGAAAAUCAAAAUACAGAAUCGAAUACAUCUGUUAUUGAAAUACAUGAUGAUUUGUCAGCAUCCCAUAGCGUACUGCAAGAUGCUCAAGCAAGUGUGGCCAAGUUGGAAGAGGAACCUUUAGCAUCUUCACUACAGUAUGCAUGUGAUUUCAAUCUUUUCUUGGAAGACUCUGUAGACAAUAGAGAAACUCCUGGUCAAUCUUUGGAACAUGUCGAGGAAGAGAAAAGUUUGUGUGGCUCUGCAGCUCAGUCCAGUGCGGAGUCUGUGCGUGGCAAAGAGUGUGUCACUUUGGAUUUUUCAGAGCAAGACAGUGAACCAGAAGAAGUUGCGGUUAAUGUUAAAAGCAGAAGUAAGGCUAGAAGAAUUUUUUCAGAUGAUGAAGAGGAUGAUUCAGUUAAAGGUACUUCAAGCCCAAGUCCAUUCAGCACAUCUCCCUUUCCAUUCUCAGCUGUUAAACAAUUUGAUGCUUCAACUCCGAAAAAUGACACAAGUCAGCUUGGAAGUUUAUUCUCACCUAAAAUACCUGGUAGUGAAGAUAAGUCUAAAAACUCUAGAAGGUCUCUGGCUUCUAGGAGGUCUCUUAUUAAUGUGGUCUUAGACCACGUGGAAGAUCUGGAGGAGAGACUUGAUAACAACAGUGAAGCAAAAAUGGCUGAAGAUGAUCCGGGAGAAGGAGCAGAGGAAAGCAGUGAUGAAGGCUCUGAGUAUAUAGAAGAGGAUCCUUCCGGAGAGAGAGAAACACUGUCUUCAGAAAGCAAGUCCAGUGGCUUAUCUGUGUCUAAGCCUGGUGCUUCAGCGCUGGAGCCCUCUCCUGCCGACCCUGAGCCUUUGUCAGCUGAACAGCUGAUUGCUUCUCCUCAGAAUGAGGCAGCUGAGGCUACAGAUGACUAUGAGACUCUUGUAAAGCGUGGAAAAGAACUUAAGGAGUGUGGAAAAAUACAGGAGGCCCUAAACUGCCUUGUUAAAGCACUUGACAUAAAAAGUGCAGAUCCUGAAGUCAUGCUUAUGACUUUAAGUUUGUAUAAGCAACUUAAUAACACCUGAGUUAGUAACCUGUUUAUUGUGUUUUAAAGCGAAACUGUAUAAGGGAAUUUUUUCAUGCCAUAAAUGUUAUCUUUGGGAGCAUGAAACAUCUAGACUUAAGAAAGAGCUCAAAAAGCAACUUAUGUCUCUACCCUCCCGUUUUUACUCCCUCUCACUUCCUGGAAUACAUAUAUCCUGGUAUUCUGAGCACUAUGUUAAUACUUCAUCAGUUGAAUAUUGUUAUAUUUUUCUUUCAGGAAUGCUGUAGAAAACUAACAGAAUUAUAGUUAAGUUUGGUUUUUAAUUAACACUUCAUAGAUGAAAUUUUCUAAGUUUUACCCCCAAAAUGAUCAACUUUGUGUAGUAUAGUUCAGAUAAGAAAAUUAAAAUAACUUUUCUCAAGUGUUUUCGUCAUUUACCUUCUUUCAUCGGAGAUGAUGGGAAAGCUGGAUUUAUUCCAAGUUCUAGCCUCUGUGUGGGAGAAUUCAAAGCCGAGACUCAAAGUUCAAGAAAGGGAACAGGAUUAUUUAGAUGUAGAAGAUACACGUUCAGAAGCAAAUGCAGGCAGUCUUGUUUGGCAAGAUGCACGUCAUGAGAAUUGCAUGCCAACCCAGUUUAGUUGCCCCCUUUAUUGGGUAGGGGAUAAUGGACAAAUUGAAUACUCAGGGUCAAGUGUGUGCAGGCUUCAGUGCUCAUGAUCAUUUCUGGGAAGGAUUUAUGGUGUCUACGUGGGCCUCGGUAUACUUCUGUUCCUUAGUUUAUGUUGGAGCUUGUCAUUAGUGUUAUGAAUUUAAGUUCCUUAUUGGCAUGCUAUUGUAUGCUUCCAGUUUAAUAUGGCACUAGGUUGGGUGCCUGGUGCUAGGGUUCUUUAUCAUUGUUAUUGCUAGCCUCUCUGGAGUCACUUUGCUGACUAUUUAGCAAAUCAUUUAAGAGUUCUCCUUUUCUAUAUUUGCAUAUGUUAUUUUGACAUAUGCCUGCUUAGUUAUAGACUGAAAGGGAGUUUCAUUCCCUCUCAGAAACAUGAAGUGCAGUAUAGCAGUCUCUACACUGUCACCAAAGAGACUGAGUUCUUCAAAAAGGUCAUCAAGAAAAAUGCUUAUAUAAAAAAAUGAUUGCACUGAAAUAAACUUUUAAUUCUGG